AUGGUAGACAAUUUAACUGAUAUGAUGCAUCGUGAAUUGAAUAUGAUAAAUAGUGAUGGUAGUGUCGUUAAUAGUAAUAGUAAUAAUUAUGGUAGUAGUCGUUUUUUACACUCAAAUAUAAUCUCACGAAAUAUAUCGGAUCAUAACAGUAAGAAUAAUCAUUAUCAAUAUCCAAAUCAGCAAUCGAUACAAACUCACCCAAUAACGAGAACAGCUAAUUAUAGCAAUGCAUCACUGUUACGUGUGCCUACUACAGGAACUUCUUCCAAUCGUCAAAAUUUAUUAUCAGGAUAUGAUACAGAUGGAGCUAUCCAAAAAUCUAGACCUAUCGUAAGAUAUUCUCAUCGAAGUGAUCAUGGUUAUGAACAUUUAGUUUCACCAAGAUUGCCUUCCAAACGAUUUACACAACCAUCAUUACCACCACAACAAUUUCCAGCAAUAUCACGUCAUGAUGCAGUACUUGCUGCUUCAAUAUCAGGACAAUUUUUACGACUUAUUUUUAUGCGCCAUAGUGAACGAGCUAAUCAAGCAUUAGGAGCUGAUUGGUUUAGUAAAGCUUUUCGAACAAAUACAUAUAAAGCAUAUGAUCAAAAUUUGCCAAUAUCCCUGCCACGAAGACGGUUUGAUGAAGCCUAUGAAUUUGAUACACCUCUAACAGUACGCGGUUUAAAAGAUGCUCGUCGAACUGGACGCGCUAUGUUGAAUAAUAAUCUAACAGUUGAUGUGUGUCUUUCAUCAGCUGCUCUUCGCUGCAUUCAAACAUGUGAACGAGUUCUAUCCGGCAUGAAUCGUCGUGAACAAAUUCCAAUUCGUGUUGAACCGGGUUUAUUUGAAUGUCCUCAUCUCAAUCAGAAAGUCGUUGAUAGUUUUAUGACAAAGACAGAAUUAUUGGAGAAUGGAUAUCAUAUCAAAGUUGAAUAUAAACCAUUAGUUCAAAAAAUAUAUGCACCUGAAUCAUUGGAUGAAUAUUUUCAUCGAUGUGCUACUGUAAUGCGUGGUAUUAUCAAUCGAUAUGGUAAUCAUGGUGGUACUGUACUUAUUGUUACACAUGCACCAGGUGUAUUAGCUUUAACAGAUGCUAUUAAAGGUAUACGAACAAAUCAAGAAGAAUUCUAUCAUACUGUAGCCACAUAUCCACCACUAGCUACUUACAUAGCUGAAUAUGAUGGAGCAAAUUGGAGAUAUUCUGAGCAACCAUUUUCUAUUUCUCUUUCUGGGUAA